UUCCCAUACCAUAAAAAAAGCCCUAUGAUAUUCUUUGCUUUAAACAUUUGAGUUUGUUAUUCUUUUCUAUUCCACAUUCACUUCACUCAGUAAAAUGUCUUCUUCAAUUCGUCCCUCACUUUCUUCCUUCAUGUUGCCCUCCCUCGCCUCUUGCAACCCUUCUCAAAAGCUCUCUCUUUUUCGUCUUGGUAGCGGCAUUAGACAGUUUCAUAAGUUUGGCCUCAAAGCUUCUAGGUUUUUGAGACAUGAUGAUAAGUGCAUGAGAGUGAUGGCAUUCGGAAACAUGUCCACAGCUGCUACACAAGAAAAUGUGCUAGAUUGGGUCAAACAUGACAAGAGAAGAAUGCUUCAUGUUGUGUAUCGUGUUGGGGACUUGGACAAGAGCAUAAAAUUUUAUAGAGAGUGCCUUGGAAUGAAGUUGCUCAGAAAGCGUGACAUGCAAGAGCAGAAAUAUACCAAUGCCUUUCUUGGAUAUGGGCCUGAGGAUGCACACUUUGUUGUUGAACUGACAUACAGUUACGGGAUUGAGAAGUAUGACAUUGGAGAUGGAUUUGGCCAUUUUGGUAUUGCUAUUGAUGAUAUUUCAAGAAUAGUGGAACUUGUUAGAGCCAAGGGUGGAAAAAUUACUAGAGAGCCUAGUCCUGUCAAGGGAGGCAACACAACAAUUGCAUAUAUUGAAGAUCCUGAUGGUUAUCAAUUUGAACUUUUGGAAAGGGUUCCCUCUCCGGAGCCUUUGUGCAAAGUAAUGCUUCGAGUGGGUGAUCUUGAUCGUUCCAUUAAAUUUUAUGAGAAGGCUUUUGGUAUGGAGCUACUUCGAACACAAGAUGAUCCAGAAUCUAAGAGUACAAUAGGAAUACUGGGUUAUGGUCCAGAGGAAAAAAAUACUGUCCUGGAAUUGACUUACAACUAUGGAGUCACAAAUUAUGAUAAAGGAGAUGCUUAUGCUCAGAUUACAAUAGACACAGAUGAUGUGUACAAAACUGCAGAAGCAAUUAAACUUGCAGGAGGAAAGAUUACUCGAGAACCUGGACCGAUACCCGUUAUGAAGACAAAGAUCACAUCGUGUGUUGAUCCUGAUGGUUGGAAAACUGUUUUUGUAGAUAAUGUUGACUUUCGUAGGGAGUUGGAGUAGUUUUUAUGCGAGUCGUCAUCAUGGCCAUUUUGUGAGGCUUAAUAUCAAAACCUGUGGCAGAGGAAUGGUAUUCUUUGUUGAAGUUUUUUUUUUUUUUGAGUCAGUGAAUGUAUCAUACGCAAGUCCAUUUUUUUGUAGAUGAUGGAAUAAUGACUGUACAAAUAUGGCUCUUGCAACAAACAUCUUUAGCUUUAUACAAUUUCACUUACACAUAUGAUUUUGGCAAUAACACGAAGUUUUUUUCUUGUCCAA